GCACAACAGAGAUUGAGGACAAGCAAUUCCUCGGCCGUGCUCUGUAUCUUACUCCGUCAUAUAUUCUCAUCCAACUAUCCCGAUCUCGAACCCCACGUUGGUACGUGAGCCGCUUGAGCACAGCUAGCCCUGCAUGAUGGUCUCUCGCCUGUAGCUGAACGAGGCUCAACUCCGGAGUGUUACUACUACCAAUGGAGAGCAAGCUUGAGUUUAUAAAUCUGUCACAUCCUUCGCAAGGGUCUUCCUCCAAGCUACAACGCCGCGCGUACUCACAUGCCGCUCGAGUAUCUCAUGCUAGAGCGAAGCAUGCUCGCAAAGCCGCGAAUCAGGCCGACAAUGUGGAGCCGAGUAUUCCGCCUAUGAAGAAAAGUCAAGCCGGUGAAGCUACAGAGCGGAGAGACAACUGUUUGGUCGAAAUUGUACCCGAGAGUCACCCUGCUGUGUUCCCCGAUCCUGUUGAUCAGCUCACAUCCAGUCGGCGGGAUCCCUUUGGAUGCUUUGCUAGGCCGGUUUCGCCACUGGAGCACUACCUCUUUGAUCAUUAUGUCACAAUAGUCACUACCCAAUAUGGUUCCAAGUGCAUGAUACUCAAAGAUACAAGCAUUCACCACCACCAGCUACGGAUAAGCUGGAUCCAGCUGGCCAUAUCCAACGUGGGCAUGUUGAGCACAACGUUCUUGUCCACCUGUCGCCAUUUACAUGAAGCCUACCAGAAUGAAGAAUACAUUACUUUGGCGAUGCAGUAUAGAAUCCUCUGCAUUCGCGCUAUUAGAGAUGCCAUUGAUGCUGGGAAUUGCUCGGCGAGAGACUCGAUAAUUGCCACGAUUAUAUCUUUGACAUUAGACGAGAUACAAGCUGGCAAUAUAGCUGCAUCAAGGCAGCAUGUACGUGGGCUUGCAGAAAUAGUCCACUCCUCUGGAGGGGCGCAAACCCUUGGCAUGAAUGGCCUACUGAAGCAUCUAUUUGAGAAAUUGGCGUAUGACAUGGGGCUUCUUCUCGACGAAGAAACAAGUUCAGUAGGGCUCAUCGAUUAUGUUGCUCAAGGCGGGAUUAAUAUGCCGAGCAUCGCUACUUAGAGAUAGGGUUCGCAUCUACAAUCUGGCAAGCUAUGUUGUCAUCUGCCAUGAUCAGAUAAUUCCGAUAUACUUAUACAACGUCUC